CCUGUAAGUGAUGGCGACAUUCCAGCCUUUUAUGCGCGGAGCAGGGUUGGAUGACAAGUAUCUCGAUAAAACUGGCAAUUAGGCUAACGUUAUCGAUACUUGGUGGCGUCACCGCAGCUGGCUAGUCCCUUCGCUCUGUUUUUUAGCGCUAACUCAUGCGAGCGAUCGCCGUUCAGAGCUCGAGGAAAGCGCAUCUUCAUCCUGCUAAAUAUUAGCCCGGCAGCAUUAGCUAGCAUAGUGAACGCUAGCAUGUCACCCUUUGCCUUCUCCUGUGUUUGGGUGUAGGUAGCUGGCAAAGCUAUCCAUCUCGGGUGGUGCUGAAAGUAACGUUAGCUGGGGUUUCGAGCUAGCGCGUCAACGUUGACAUAUUUUCGAAAAGUUCAUCCCUGAGUAUCGGCGAGUCGGUCAAGACUGCUCCUGCUGUGCCCGACUGACCGAUAGCACCCCUUCAGUGGUGUGAAUGAGGGAGACAUGGCAGACCACACCCCACCUCUGGAGUCCGGCCAGCUUCUCAGCCCUGAACUCCCAAUCCUGGCCUCACCACCGCCCCCAGCCAUGGUCAACGGGGAGGGCCCCCAACAGGUAAUCCUGGUGCAGGUAAACCCAGGUGAGGCCUUCACUAUUCGACGAGAGGAUGGUCAUCUUCAGUGUAUCACAGGUCCUGCUCAGGUUCCCAUGAUGUCUCCAAAUGGUUCAGUGCCUCCAAUCUAUGUGCCUCCUGGAUACGUUUCACAGAUCAUUGAGGAGAACGGAGUGCGGCGGGUUCUGGUUUUACCUCAGCAGCCAGAGUUCCACCCAGGGGGCCACUCCCCUCUCCACCACCCUCCACCUCCGCCCCACGCCCACCUGCCUGCCUUCAUCCCACACCCCGCCAUGAUGCCCCCACCGCCCCACCUGUACACGGGCAUGGCAGGGGGCGUGGGCGACAUGAGCUCUCAGUACAUCUCUCAGUACCAUCCAGCUCAUAUCUACUCAGAGCAGGUCUCCACAGAUUCUCACUCCCAACACGGACGCCCGCCGUUUGUUCACAGGGAUGAAAGAACUAGCAAAACGUACGAGCGUCUGCAGAAGAAGCUGAAGGAGCGUCAGGGAGGCGGAGGAGGGGGGCCGGUGAAGGACAGCCCCCCUCCCUCGCCGCAGAAGACCCGCAGCAGCCCCACGACGUUGGACAUCCACAACGGGGUCGGCGGGAAAGGGCUGGAGGCGGAGCAGGGGCAGCCCAGCAACACGGCGGCCGGCCCUGACAAGCAGACCAGCAGAGGGAAAAACGGAGAGUCAGGAGAGCUGGAUGAGGAAGCUCAGGCCCUGCAAGCACUAUUGAGCACCAUCAGUAAACCAGCGGUGUCAGAUAUCCAGGCCAGAGGGGCGGUGCUGAGCUGGAGCGCGCCCACCAGGCCGGAGCGCGAGGAAGGUGGCGUAGAGGAUGACUCCAGCCCCUCGGAGCCCUUCAGUUACGAGGUCUCCAUCUCAUACAGUGGCAAAGAUGGGAAGUACAAGAGCACGCACAGUGGGGAAGAACUAAGUGCAACUUUAGAAGACCUUCGACCAGCAACAGACUAUCACGUCAGGGUCCAGGCUAUGUGUAACUGUUUACAGGGAAGCCCCUCGGAGGCUGUGAGCUUCACCACUCUCAGCUGUGAGCCGGAACCCCCCAACCCUCCUAGGAAGGCCAGUGGGACCAAGAACACACUUGUACUCCAGUGGAAGGCUCCAUGUGACAAUGGUUCCAAAAUCCAAAACUACAUUCUUCAGUGGGACGAGGGGAAAGGCACUGGGAUGUUUGAGCAGUGCUACUAUGGGCCUCAGAAGCAGUAUCGAGUGACCAAGCUCUCACCAGCCUCAAGAUACUCCUUUCGCCUUGCAGCCAAAAACGACAUGGGUACAAGUGAAUUCAGCGAAGUGGUGGACCUGUUCACCUCAUGCAGCGUGCCGUCACCACCCCUCCCUCCGGAGCUGCUGAAGGCGGGGGUGACCUGGCUGUGCCUGCAGUGGCAGCGGCCCACUGGCUCUCCCAAGGAGGACGACAUCUACUACGUUCUGGAGAUGGAGGAGGAAGGCUCAGGAUAUGGCUUCCAGCCAAGCUACGAUGGCGAGGAGCUCUCCUGCACCGUCAGGAACCUCCACAGGAGUACUAAGUACAAAUUUCGGGUGGCGGCGUACAACUCAGAGGGGAAGAGCAACCCCAGCCAGGUGGCGGAGUUCACCACGAACCCAGACAGACCCAGCUGUCCCUGCAGGCCGGUCAUCAAGGGAAGAGUCCUGCCCACCAGCUUCAGGAUGGCCUGGGAACCCCCAAAAGACGACGGCGGGGCGGAAGUCACAAAGUACGUCGUGGAGCUGUCGGAGGGCUUAAGCGGCUUGUCAUGGGAGCUGGUGUACACCGGGCCGGCCAUGGAGCAUGUGUGUGAAAGCUUGAAGCCUGGCUGCUCCUACCAAACCCGAAUUUACUGCAUGAGCGAGGGGGGGCAGAGCCCGCUGUCGGAGACCCUGCAGGUCCAGACUCCCGCAGUGCCCCCAGGGCCCUGCCAGCCCCCUCGGCUGGUGGGCAAGCCCAAAGCCAGGGAGGUGCAACUGCGCUGGGGUCCCCCUCAGGUAGACGGAGGCAGCCCCGUGUCCUGCUACAGUGUAGAAGUGAGUGGGCCGCAGACUGAGGAGAGCAGGGAGGUUUACCAGGGCCCAGAGCUGGACUGCACCGUGGGAAGCUUACUGCCUGGCAAAACCUACAGCUUCCGGCUCAAGGCAGCGAACAAGGCUGGGUUUGGGCCCUUUUCGGAGCGCUGCGAGGUGACCACAGGCCCCGGGGCCCCAGAGCCCUGCAAGGCUCCCUGCACCACAUGCAAAUCCCCCAGCUGUGUUGUGGUUAGCUGGGAGGCCCCGCCUUGUAAUGGAGCUCCUGUCACAGAGUUUCGUUUGGAGUGGGGAGCUGCUGAGGGCAGCAUGCAGGUGUGUUACAGCGGACCAGCGCUCAGCCAUGAGAUGAAGGGGCUGCUCCCUGCAACUAACUACUUCUGCCGGGUACAGGCUGUGAACGUGGCCGGCGUGGGGCCCUUCAGCGAGGUGGUGCUCUGCCAGACGCCCUGCUCCGUGCCCGCAGCCGUCAGCAACGUCCACGCACUGAAGGAGUCUGAGCUGCACGGGUACGCGACUUCGAUGGAUGUGGAGGAAGAUGAAGAAGAGGAUGACGGCGGCUCCCCGCCACCACCGCUCUACUCUCCAUCAACCUGCCUGGGUCUCUGCUGGGAGCCGCCGUGCGACCACGGUUCAGAGAUCACAUCCUACCUGAUUGACCUGGGAGAGCGCCAGCCCAUCGCCGUGGGCCCCGUCACCAAAUACAUUAUCCAGCAUCUGCAGCCUGACACCAGCUACAGGAUCCGAAUCCAGGCCCUGAACAGCCUGGGCGCCGGCCCCUUUAGUCACACCUUUAAGCUGAAGACGAAGCCCCUGCCACCGCAGCCGCCCCGCCUGGAGUGCACCGCCUUCAGCCACCAGACCCUCAGGCUCAAGUGGGGCGACGGCCCGGCCAAGGCCGCCACCUCGGACGCCCUCCAGUACCAGCUGCAGAUGGAGGACAAGAGCGGCAGAUUUAUAUCCUUGUACAAAGGACCAUGCCACACACACAAAGUCCAGAGGCUUAAUGAGUCUACCUCUUACUCGUUCCGCAUCCAGGCCUUUAAUGAGGCGGGCGAAGGGCCCUUCUCCAAUGUUUACACAUUCACCACCCCGCGCUCUCCUCCAGCCCCUGUGAAAGCCCCUAAAGUGGAGCGUCUGGAAGACAACUCCUGCGAAGUCACGUGGGAGGCUCUGCCGCCCAUGAAGGGGGACCCUAUCAUCUACACCCUGCAGUGCAUGAUGGGAAACUCUGAUUUCAAACAGGCCUACAAAGGCUCCGCCACAUCGCACCACGUCCACAACCUGCAGCCCAGCAGCGACUACCGUUUCCGGGUGUGCGCGAUCCGGCAGUGCCAGGACGCCCCGGAGCUGAGCGGGCCCUACAGCCCCACGGUGACCCUGUCGCCGCAGCGGAGCGACGUGGCGGCGGGCGGCGGCGCCACCGGCUCGGGCUCCAGAGCCGGCGCCGAGUCCAGCCGGCCCCGACGGAGCCUGACGGACGAGCAGUGCGCGUUCCUCCUCCUCAUGGUCUUCGCCGUCAUCGCCAUCCUCAUCGCUUUCGUGAUCCAGUACUUUGUCAUCAAAUGAGCACUCGUCCUCCUUCUCCUCCUCCUUUUUCUCCCCUUCCUCCUCCUCCUCCUCCUCCUCCUUCUUCUUCUUCUUCUUCUUGCGCCCAGCUGCAGGGUUAUAGCUUUAUUCUCCUCCCCCUUCCCCCGCGCCCCCACCCUCCUCCGAGUCAUCCGUUUCCUCUUUUUCGUACUCGUCGUUUUUUCCGUCGUCACCGCAGUAAUCACGUUAGCCGUGUCAGGGUGCUGGGGGGGGAGGUGAGGUGAGGUGGGGGGAGGCAGGAGGGUUAAGUAGCAGUACAGAAAAUGAGGAAAACACCCCGUUUUUUGCGCCUGUGAUCCUUUCCUGACUCGUCUUCUGUUGUCGCCCGGCCCCUCCUCUCGUGGCGUCCGGUCAGUCGAGGUUUCUGUUCCGUUUGGAUCGGCUUCCCGCGCAGAAGGAACUCAAGACAGAGCAGAGGGCGUGGCUUAUGGGACGGGUGGGGGGGCACUUUGACUCAUGUACUUGUUGAUUACAGUAUAUAAAUAUAUAUAAAUAUAUAUAAAUGUGUAUAGAAAAUAGUCAUUAUUUAUAUUUCCAUGUACGUGUCCAGUAUGAAAAUGUUUUUUGAUAGAUGUUCCAAAAAAAAUAGCAUGUAGGUGUGUUACCAGCCUACAUGCUAUUUGAUCCUGGGACCUGGUGGGCCAGUGUUUGCACAGUGGGGUGUGUGUGGGUGUGUGUGUGUGUGUGUGUGUGUGUGUGUGUGUGUGUGUGUGUCCAGAUGCAUACUGUGUGUAGUCGUGCCACAGAGGUACACAGCUGGGAGGGCUCGAGCCGGGGCCAGACGAAGGGACUUAACCCCCCGCUGGAGUUGAAAAGGGGCGUCGUGAGCGAGAGGAGAAGAACCCGAAAUGAAAUUCUUGUUCGCAUUAUAGAACAUUCAUUUAGCACUUUCCAACUUUUUGAUGUUCAGAAUGUUUAAGGAUGCAAAAAUGACUGGAGAAAUGUUAGUAUAUUUUUGUACAGUAUGACACAAGGACCUGUAAGUUUGAAAAAAAUAAAAUAAAUAAAAAAAUAAAACAAAACAAAUGCUCAGUAUAAAGUUAGAAAACAAACAAAAACCAAACUAACACAGUGAAUUCUAAUUAUUUUUACUAUCAUAUAGUUAUACUGUAGCUUGUUUUUACAAUCAUGCAGCUGCUUUACUCCGAAAAUAUUGUUGUUCAGCACAAAAAAUGUAUGCUUACCUGUAUGUUUUUGUUUUUUUGAUUGAUUUUUUUUGUUUUUUGUUUUGUUUUGUUUUUUUGUUCUGUAUUGUUUUUUUGUUUUCUUCCCAGUAAUUGAUUUUGCACCUUAGUUGAAGAACCUCGACUGACUGUGUCUUGGUCUUGUGAUGCAUUUUUAUAGAACACAUUUUGAGAUUGUGCAAGCCCUACUUGUAUUUUGGGUGUUUUAAAAGUCGUAGUAUCACGUCACGUGUCGCUGAAACAGCUGAUCGUAUCUCAGCGGGGGGGAAAAAAAAAAAAAAAAAAAGGUGUGAGAACCAGUUGUUUCAGAGGCCUUAAUUGGAGAGAGGAGAGAAAAAAGAAAAGAAAAGAAAAGAAAUCUCGGGAGUGUUUUCUUCAUUUCUCUUAAGUUUCGAUUUUUGUUUUUUCCUGUUGUUUUUUUUUUAAGUUUUAGAAAACACUAAUGUGUUUUAUUUACGUUUCUUUUUAGCAACAUUUAUUUGAUGUUAGUAAAUACACGUAAUCGUCAGAGAAAUUGAUAGUUCUAUGUGUUACUUCCGAUUUAUUUUGAUUUCUUUUGUCAGGUCACACGUGUGAAGUAUAUUUUUUUAUAAUGUUGAAGUAAUAUAAGUUAAUACUCUCUAGAGAAAAUAAUAAAUCCUGAGUACUCACGAAACAUGGAAAGCGAAUGGCAGAUACAAAAUGUGUUAUAUCAUGUACUUCCUGUGAAUCUAAAUUUGCCUUUUCUCUGUGUGUUAAGUAUUUGUAACAGAUUGCUGACGCUGAGGUCUCAGUGGUGAUCUGGCUGUAGGGUCUAGUGUUGUGUUUGGUUAUGGGCAGUCCACUGCUGUUGCAAAAUGAAACACAGGUACCUUGCAAAACGUCUCGGAUAAUUACAUAAUUUGGUCUUACGGACAUUCUGCAAAUGUCUUCUCUUUGUCAGUUCGAGAAUUCAAAUUCCUAUUUUUGAUAGUGAUUGCAACGUGCCAUUUUAACACCUCUUCACCUCGGGGGCCACUGCCCUUGGCUGAGGAGAUUAACUAAACGCUACAAAAAAUAAAUAAAUAAAAAAAAAUACAUAAAAAAAAUACAUAAAAUAAAAUAUGCACAAAAAAGGAGACCAUUUUUAUGUAAUUUUAAUGUUUGCAGUUACCUCAUACACCGUACAUUCCAAAAUGAAAAUUUGUUAUACAUAAUACCAGACAUAUCACUUUAAAAUGUUCGUUAUGGGAAAAAUGUAUAAUCAUAGAUAUGUAUCUAAAGUGUAUCUGUAUAGCCAUGAUAUCUACAAAGGAUCCAUGCACAAUAAAAGAUUUAUAAUUCUUAA